CCCGCGGGGCGCGCGCCCCGCCACAGCCCCCGCCCCGCCCCGCGCCGCGCCCGGGUUCCCACGGCGCCCGCCCUCGCUCGCCCAGCGCCGCCCGCGCGCCCUCCACGCCGCCCGGCCCGCCCAGGCCUCUUGCGAACAUGGCGCUUGUCCCCUGCCAGGUGCUGCGGGUGGCGAUCCUGCUGUCCUAUUGCUCUAUCCUGUGCAAUUACAAGGCCAUCGAAAUGCCCUCGCAUCAGACCUACGGAGGGAGCUGGAAAUUUCUGACGUUCAUUGAUCUGGUUAUCCAGGCCGUCUUCUUCGGGAUCUGUGUGCUGACUGAUCUUUCUAGUCUUCUGACAAGAGGAAGUGGGAACCAAGAGCAAGAGAGGCAGCUCAAGAAACUCAUCUCUCUGCGGGACUGGAUGCUGGCUGUGUUGGCCUUUCCUGUCGGAGUUUUUGUCGUAGCAGUGUUCUGGAUCAUCUAUGCCUGUGACAGAGAGAUGAUAUACCCGAAGUUGCUUGAUAACUUUAUCCCAGGGUGGCUGAAUCAUGGAAUGCACACAACGGUUUUGCCGUUUAUAUUAAUCGAGAUGAGGACAUCGCACCAUCAGUAUCCCAGCAGGAGCUGUGGACUCACAGCCAUAUGCACCUUCUCUGUGGGCUAUAUAUUAUGGGUGUGCUGGGUGCAUCAUGUCACCGGCAUGUGGGUGUACCCCUUCCUGGAACACAUUGGCCCGGGAGCCAGAAUCAUCUUCUUUGGGUCGACAACCAUCUUAAUGAACUUUCUGUACCUGCUGGGAGAAGUUCUGAACAACUAUAUCUGGGAUACCCAGAAAAGUAUGGAAGAAGAGAAAGAGAAGCCUAAAUUGGAAUAAGAUCCAGGUCUGAACGGAAGAGCCACUGAGUUCUGUCACCUGCAAUGUAGACCAGAAGCUCACAAGAGGCAAUGUCAUCAGCCCCCACCUCCCUGCCCCAGAGGGAGGACACUUUUUAUACACAAAUAUGCAUACAAAUAGAACACAUUGCUUUCCAAAAUACUUCACCCUAGCUCUGUUUCAAAGAAUUCUUUCCAAAUUCAUUUUUUUUGAUAAUAACAUCUUUUUCCUUUUCUAGCUUUAAAACUAAAAUUGAUCAAUGGAUUUUCAUUUUUGCAAUUAUAACACCAUUUAAUCAAG